AUGGUAGCAAAAAAGGAAAAAAAAAAAAAGAAAGAAAGAAAGAGAGGGGGAAGGAGAGUGUUAUUUUCUUACUCUGAAGGCGAGUAAGAGAUUUUUCAAGAUCCAAUAUUUGAGGACAAUGACAAAGUGAGGGGCACUACCACUUGUUGGAAGCGAAUCACCUGGAUGGGCACUACCACUUGUAGGGAAGCGAAUCACAUGGAUGGUAAGCUUGAGAAUCUUUCAAAAGGCAAUCCCUUUUUCAUUCGAACCAGCACCUAUAAAAAAUUAAAAAUCCCCGCACCAAAAAUAUCAGGGAAAAAUCACCUCUUCCGUCCCUGCUCACUUCCCCCCAAGAUUUUUCAUCUCCUCUUCUUCCCAUCAGAUGAAUUGUCUUCAAAAUCUUCCAAGAUACCAUGCGGUGCCUUUUCAAGGCAUCAAAUGCAAUCCAAAAAAGACUUCUUCGUCUUCCCUAAACUUACUGGUAAUCUUCGUCUCCUUCUCUUUGUAGAUUCAGGGACUGGUGAAUUGUUGUGAUCAACGGAGAAGCAUGGCGAUAAAGGCGAUAUCUGGUUCCACAUCAGGUGUGGAGAAGAGUGACUCUGAAUCGGAGGGGAAGAAAUCGGAGAUUUAUAGCCAUAACAUGACAGAAGCUAUGGGUGCAGUGUUGACUUAUAGGCAUGAACUUGGAAUGAACUACAACUUCAUCUCUCCAGACCUGAUUGUCGGUUCUUGCCUGCAGACACCUCAAGAUGUUGACAAGCUUCGUGAAAUUGGAGUGAAAACUGUAUUUUGCUUGCAGCAAGAUCCAGAUUUGGAAUAUUUUGGGGUUGAUAUAAGUGCUAUUCGAGAUUAUGCCAAGGCAUGUGGUGAUAUUGAACACUUGCGUGCUGAGAUAAGGGAUUUUGAUUCAUUUGAUUUACGGAUGCGGCUUCCAGCUGUGGUUAGUAAAUUAUCCAAGGCCAUAAAUCGGAAUGGAGGUGUGACAUAUGUACACUGCACUGCUGGACUUGGAAGGGCUCCUGCUGUUACGAUGGCAUACAUGUUUUGGGUUCAGGACUAUAAACUCAUGGAUGCUCACAGAUUUCUGCUGAGCAAACGGUCAUGCUUCCCCAAAUUGGAUGCUAUCAGAAGUGCAACUGCAGAUAUUCUCACAGGUCUAAAGAAGAAGCUUGUUUCUUUUGUAUGGGAAGGUAAAAAUUGCUCUUUGGUGGAGAUGGCUGGACUUGAUGUAGGAUGGGGCCAGAGAAUACCUUUAACUUUUGACAAGGAAAAAGGACUGUGGAUUCUCAGGAGAGAACUGCCAGAAGGACACUAUGAGUACAAAUACAUUGUUGAUGGUGAAUGGCUUUGCAAUCAAAAUGAGCGGGUAUCUGCUCCUAACAAAGAUGGUCAUGUCAACAAUUAUGUUGAUGUUGUUGACAAUAAUCCUAGCAGUGUGAGUGCAGCAAUUCGGAAGAGGUUAAAUGAUGAAGAUUUCGAUCUCAACAAAGAAGAACGGCUGAAAAUCAGAGGGUUCCUGGAAGCUUAUCCUGAUUAUUAAGAAAUGUACUAAAUAAGCAAUGGUACAAGGCAUAUUGGAGCAUCAUAUAUAUUUAAGACAAUGUAUCAUAAGCAACACUACUGAGUUGUUGUAGAAUAGCUAAUAAAAAGUUUCAAACUUCCAAUAAAGUUUCUCUUUGCAAGCUUCCAUUCUUGGGGAGCAAGAUUGUUGGGAAUAUGAAGGAAGAACCACGAUUGAUAAUGUUGUUUACUGUGGUAAAGAAUCUUCAGAGAUUAGGUUAUGUGCUAAAGGUGAAUAUUUUGUGAUUACUUUAUAAUUUCCAUGUUAAUAGUGUCUAAUGGUUCUUUAUUUAAUUUAGUUUUUUCAGUAGUGCCGAGCAAAUGAUGUUG